CGGAUGUUGCUGCUGUUUUUUUACUGAGUCUCAGGGGAAGCGGCGGUUUCCGAAAAGUUUGACCCCCAGGCCCCUGAAGAUGACUGCCGCUAUGGAGCCCAAACAAAACUAUGCAGCAUCAUUGGUACUCGCUGCAAUUGGCUUGGCGCUCAUGACCAUCCUCAGUGUGUGGAAAUUAAGACAGUUUAAAUAUAGACUUGUUCAUGAAACUGGAGGUGCGAUGUUUCUUGGUAUGCUCAUGGGGUUUAUCGUGAGAUGCUUGUCAUUUGACUCUGGAGAAUAUGUGGACAAUAUGGAGACGGUGUGCAGCUGUGGUGGUUUUAACAGCACUCCUCACAUCUUGACGGUCAACAUCACAUCACACCUUCACUGUUUUAGACAUGUUGGGAAAAUCAACCAAAGAUGCCCACUGGUCCCAGCUCCUCAUAUGGAGACCUUUGAUCCUCAGGUCCUUUUCAGUCUGUUCCUGCCACCCAUCAUCUUCCAUGGAGCUUACAUCCUUAAUCAGAAACGAUUCAUUGACAACCUUGGAUCCGUCCUGACUUUUGCUUUUUUGGGUACGAUAAUCAGCUGUAUGACCAUAGGAGCCUGCGUCUAUGGAUUCACCAGACUGAUGGUGCUGUUGGGCCGAGCAGCAGAUGGAGACUUCCUCCUCACUGAUUGCCUCCUCUUUGGUGCCAUUAUAUCAGCCACUGACCCAGUUUCAGUACUUGGCCUGUUGUCAGAGCUGCGUGUGGACCUGGAUCUGCACACCCUGCUGUUUGGCGAGAGUGUCCUGAAUGACGCUGUGGCCAUCGUCCUGACGCAUGCCAUCACCACCUAUAGCCAGAUGGGUGCCGGACACAGCUUCGACCCCUCCGCCUUCUUCCUCUCUGUUGGUUAUUUUCUUGGAGUGCUUGCCGGUUCCUUCCUCCUGGGUUUCAUAUUCACAGUCAUAACAGCCCUCCUCACCAAAUUCACUCGGCUGUGUGAGAAUCCACUGCUGGAAACAUCGGUCUUCUUCCUGCUGUCCUGGAGCAGCUUCCUCUCAGCUGAAGCCAGUGGACUUUCAGGUAUUGUGGCGGUGCUGUUUUGUGGCUUGAGCCAGGCAAGGUACACCGUUCACAAUUUAUCUUCCGAGGGCAAGAUCAGGACCAAACAGCUCUUUGAAGUCUUCAACUUCCUGGGGGAGAUUUUCAUCUUCAGCAACAUGGGAUAUGUAUUGUUGACGUUUCCUCACCAUGUCUUCAAAGCCCUCUUCAUUUCUGGGGCAUUUCUCUCCAUCUUUGUAUCAAGAAUCUUGAACAUCUACCCUCUGUCAUUCCUCCUAAACCUGGGACGCACCACCAAGAUACCUCGCAACUUCCAGCACUUCAUGAUGUUUGCAGGCUUGAGGGGGGCUGUGGCAUUUAGCCUGGCUCUAAGAGACACAUCCACAGAAGUGAAGCGCACCAUCCUCACCACCACUCUGCUGCUGGUCGGCUUCACCAUCUGGGUGCUGGGUACAGCCGCUGAUCCCAUGCUGCGCCGUCUGGACAUCAGAGUCAGGUUGGAUGCAGAUGAAAAUCCAGAGGACCUUUCUUUUGAGGUUGCUACAGGGGGGCCAGACACAACACGAGGCCUGUGGCACCAUCUGGACUACAAAUAUCUAAAACCACUCCUGACGCAUUGUGGCCCUCCGCUGACUGACUCACUGCCACGAUGUUGUGGGUUAUAUGCCAGAUUCUUCGGUAGCUCCCAUGUCCAGGAGGACGAUGAGCAGCCGUGUAAGACCGAACCAGAUGACUCCACCUUUGAUUUGGAGAAAACAGACAACCAGCUUGUGUCUAUAGGCGGUGACUCUGGAUCCGAGCACCAGGAAGACCUUCUGGAAGGAGACCUGGGCCUUGGCACUGCUGCAGCUCUCGCCAGGGAGGCCUCAAACUCCAGGAGUCAUUUCUGACCCCAGCUUAUCAGCCUCUGCUACCCUCAGGAUAAGAACCCUGCCUCCCACAGUGAAUGGGGUCACUGAUCAGGGCACUUGAGAGGAGUUACAAUAGUUCCUGAAAGGUCAUCCACCCCCCUCGUGCUGUAAUGCAUGACACACUCAGGAAAAAAAAAAACAAUUAUAAAGGCCUCUGCUCUUUCUUUUAGCCUGCUGAAAAUUUGCUCCAGUUUCAAGGAAUUUAAUAGCCGAAAUAACAGAACAAGUAAUCCAGUACAGCUUGUGCUUAAUAUCUAACACCACCAACAGGAAGCAGAAACUGACCUGGGUGUGCACAGUGUUCUUUUCACACAGCAAAAAAUAUUAUAAUACAGUUCCGGUAAAAGUGCAACAUGUUAAGUCUCACACUGAUUGCCGGUCAAGCAGCACUGUGCUACUUUGAAGCUUCAGGGAGAAUUGCUCAUGAGCAUCUCAUGUGAUUGAAAGCUACGGUAUUUCCCCUAAUCAGCCCAAAUGGUAUUUUUGUGCCAACUUUGUUUUUGCUCUUCCCCAACUCCUUAUUAAACUUUUAUUGCACUGUUUCCCUCUGCAAUCCUUUUAACGCAUUCAAAAUGUAUUCCACUGAAUUUAUUGAAUUUGAAUUUAUUACUGCCCUCCCCCACCCUCCACGUCUCCCUCCACGUCUUGCUUAUCAUUCUGCGCGCGAGCUAAAAUACUUCCAAAUGCUUAAGUAUAUUAACGGUAUUUAGAAAAGAGACUAUCAGCAUGUGAGACCUCUUUAUAGAUUGCACUUUCUGAGUGCAUCAUUAUAAAUCUCAGGGCCCCUUCCCCCCUUGUGUGAAGCAGGGUGCUGUGCACUGCCUACAUCCAAUCUGUGGAGGUUAGGCUUUGUGAAUAUGCAGACGGCUCUCUCUCAUAUUAUUAAAACCAUUGUCCUUGAGGCGAGGGCUUUUUUUAUGUUGUGAAUGCAUGGGUGCAUCUAUGGAAUGCUCCUCUGUUUCUGUUCUCAAUUGCUGCAAAGAAAUAAAUAAACGUAUUCU